AUGUUGUUUUCUAGUUGUUGCACUACCAGUUCACAAAGUAUUGCUGAAGUGGGACUGCCCAUAGGCACGUCUCUUUCUUUUUUCAAAUUUUUGUUGACCAGUGCAAUAUUAUCAUCCAAGUUUCUUCGAGAACGUAUUAAUCUUCUUGGUAAAAUUGGUUGCCUUCUUUGUACCCUUGGUUCAGUGGUAAUUGUCAUACAUUCUCCUGGUGAAAGUACUGUUGAAACAAUGGAAGAUUUAAGUAUAAUGUUAAGUGAUCAAUAUUUUGUGGCGUAUGUGGUGAUCAUCCUCAUUGCAGUUGUUAUCCUAGUCAUAUAUUUUGUUCCAAAGUAUGGAAAUACAAAUGUCCUGAUAUACAUAUUGAUCUGUUCUGCAAUUGGCUCAUUAUCUGUAAUGGGAUGCAAAGGACUUGGAAUUGCUUUAAGAGAGACAUUCAGUGGAGAAAAAAAUGAUUUUAAGAAUUUUGUGACCUGGUUUUGUUUAUUUUCUGUCAUUGCUUGUAUCUCAAUACAGAUGAAUUAUUUGAAUAAGGCUUUGGAUAUAUUUAAUACAUCAAUAGUGACUCCUAUCUAUUAUGUUUUCUUUACAACUUUUGUUAUAAUAGCUUCAUCCAUACUAUUCAAAGAAUGGACCAGUUUGAGUUUUGAAGAUAUACUUGGCAAUUUGAGUGGAUUUCUAACUGUGAUCUGUGCCAUAUUUUUGCUCAAUGCUUUUAAAGAUUGGGAUGUCUCACUGUCAAAUUUGAAUAAUGUUUUAAGACCAAAUGGUAUGUCUCCUGUUUCUAUGUCAUCGGAGUCAGUUGCAUCUUCUAUUAUUAUAGAUAAGCACAGAAGAGAUAGUAGUAAAAGCCAUCUUGACAGAUUAUCUUUAACAUUAAGUGAAGCUACUUAUGGCACAGUUAGUAGUCAUUCAUAUGAAGCAAAGUCUUAGUUCUACCUCACUGAGUAAGUAUUAAGGUCUUUGAUCGAUAUUAAUGAGUAUUAAGGAAGAAUUGAGAAAGGAGUUUCAUUGACAUUGUUUCAAUUGUAAAGAUAUUUUUUAGGAUAUAUAUUGUUCAGAAAUUUUUAGAUUUAUUUUUGUUUAUUUCAUAAAGUGAUUUUAAAUUAUGAAUCUUAAUUAAUAUUAAUUUAAAAUGUUGCUUAUUAUAUAUUAAGAUUGAUGGAAAUUUUCACUAUCCUGUCAAGCUAUUCUUGUUUGCACAAAAUUAGCAUGUAUUUAAAAUUUACAUAUUUAAUUAAAUUAAUAAUGAAUAAUCUACAUUAACAUUUUAUACUAUAUAUUAUAAAGUAUCUAUU